CUUAGUUCAGUUCAGGGCUGAACUUAAGCCCUGGUAUUGCCAGCAGAAAUUGUGGUCUCCUUUUUUCAGUGCGGGACAGUGAGAUGCCUGGGGAAAAAGAGGAAGGCGUGACUGACUUCAGAGCCCUCCGUGCAAAAUUUCAGAAUGACGCCAACUUUUCUAAGCAGCUGGUGCAGCCACCCAAGAAGCUGGUGCUGCCACCCACAGAAGCCACGCACAAAGUGGGCUCUGAAAGUAAGGAUGCUUCCAGUCCUCUGUCCUGGAAUAGCAGAGAAGUGAUAAUAUUAAAAGCCAAGAAUGAACUUUUCCCUCUUGCUCCUCAACCCUCUGCACUAGUCCAGGGCAAACCUUUGGUGCAGCCAAGAGCCAGGCUUCGUAAUGUGGAUCCGAGGGGAAAGGAUCAAGAGCAGAAAGGCAGCAUCUCAGAGGAAGGGCUGAACUCCUCCAAGAGCAGUUCACAAAAGCUUCAACCACACUAUUGCACUGACCAGCAAGAAUCAGCCGAAACAGAUCUGGAGUCUGCUCCACCCCAAAACUCCUUCCACCAUGCCCUACAGAUGUGGGAAAACGCUUUUUCCCAGAGUGAGAAAGCCAACGCAACACUCCCAACCCAACGGGGGGCAAACGUUUACGUGCAACCUCGCCCGGAGCCGAGGGCGAUGGCUGCUCCAGCUGCGUCAGAUGGCGGCAGAUUGAGAACGGCUCAAAGUGAGCAAGCGCUGGACUCCCCUGCCCGGCAGAAGGAUGCUCCGGGUGGCGGCGGGCUGGCUGCUUCCCAGGCUCCGCCUGUGCCCCGUCUACCCAGGAGGUACAGGAGCUCUGACCAACUAGCUGCCGAAAGCACUGCCGCAGCCAGCUUCUGCCAGCCAGGCUGUGAUAUGCAAACGUCAAGAGAGCUCCCACAACACCAGAAAGCAGAGUCGGAGCCUCGCUUCUAUGAAUCCGGAGCAGGAAAACCAUCUGAGGCUCCAGGUAGCAAGCUGCCAAAAAUUAAACCACUUCCUUCAGUUGAAUCCCUCGGUCCCGCCCCUGCGAAGCCUGUGAGACCCCCGAAAGUUGAUCUCAGUGUUUUCCAAAGCACGGUGCUUUCUGUCCACAGAGGAAAUGAAAGAACUGCCGCGGAGGAGGAUUACUUGAUUCCUGAAAGUGCUGAUCUUGAAGAGCAGCAUAAUUAUGAAGAAACGGUGUUGUACCUGAAUCAGCCUGGGGACUCCACAACCUUUUGUGCCAGUCAAGGUACUUUCCAAGCACCUGAGCCAGAGCCUCAAGAGCACGACAAGAAGCAGAAGAGUUUUCUCUUUGCCAAAUACAGUCCUGGAAGAGCUGUAGAGGAUGAAAAAGAGGAAAAAACAAGUCUUGAAAGAGAGAAACAGCAAGCAAAGAAAAUAUUCAAGACAGGCGGAAAUGACUAUGUGACUCUCAGAGCCCAGCCCAAGGAAGAAGGCAGAGGUGGGAAGAAGGUGCCGCAAGUGAAUCGAGGAGAUGUGACUAGCGCCCAGACUACAGAGCAUCCUACCCCACAGAGGCUGGCGAAAGCAGGAGCAGAACGCUGUCGCUACAUGUACGUGGGUGCUCCAAAACCAGCUGAAGAAAGGCUAACCUUGAGCCAAACCACUGGACAGCCUCUGCAGUCAUCGGAGGAUGUGUAUGACGACGUUGAGGGAUUUCAAAGCGGACUCAGCCACACUUCAGAGGCCUCAAGUUCAUUGACUCCAGACUGCAUUUCAGGAAACUAUGAAGAAACAUAUGAAGAUGUUGAGACUGGGGAUGAUAAUCCAGCAAAAGUGGAGGCAGAAAAACAAAAGAGAUUUGGAAACAUCUUUAAGAUAGAAAAAUUUAAACUGAAGAAUACCAGAUUCAAGGAGAACUUAAGAUUGUCUUCCAGUUCAGUACCAAAUUUAGCAGCUGCUGUCUCGCAGGAGGACACAUACGACGAUGUCGAGGGAGGGCAGACGGAGCCAAGAGAAAAGGAUGUCAAAUGCAGAAACUGGAAGCCAAAAUUUCUGAUGUUAAAAGAGGAUAAGGACCGAAGGAAAAGCAGUGAAGAUGUGGAAAGGUCUUUAUUUCCAUUAAGUAUCUUCAAAGUCAAGAAGUGCAACGCAGAAAAAAGCAAGAAGAUGGCCAAAGAAGAAACGUUGUUUAGAGAAACAUUUAUGUACGAUAAGGAGAUCAGCAUCAUCAACAUCGCAGUGGCCCUGUGCUCAGUCCCGAGUAAAAGGCGAGUUGAUCUCCCCAUCACAGCUGGGGAACAGCUGGAUGUUAUUGAUACCACGGAAGGCAACGAAGUGAUUUGCCGCAAUGCACAGGGCAGAUAUGGGUAUGUUCUAGUGGAGCAUUUGAACUUCAGACACUACUAACCGCUCCUGAGCGCGCUGGUGUCCUCCCACGGAGCAUCCCUGGAGAGCCGCUUGGAGCGUCGCAUGUCCGUGAGAGCCCGUUUGCCAGCCAUGGAGAGCUGAUGGGAAUGUAAAUAAAGUUUUGUUUUUACACUUACACUGUUAAACAUGUAAGAGACGUUGCCUUUUUUCUGAUAUUUAGAACGUGCCUUCAGUGAUUAUCUUGCCAUUAGUUAUUUUCAGGAUUUCUCACUUUCUGGCAAAGCAAAUUUGCGUGUGGGCGGCCCACUAGCGCCUAGCUGUUCCAGUACCUUAGCUCUCAAACAGCUACAAUGUUUUUGCAUUUGCAUGUGAAAAACCUUAUUUGUGCAAAACAUACCAGUUUAGUUGCUUAAUGUCUAUCUUGUUGCUACCUGUUCAAGUGCUGGAAUUGCAAGAUCCCCCAAAAGAAUUUGGUGCGCGCUUUAAAAAGCAAAUCGUAUACAUUUGAACUGAUUUGGAGACAGCAAAUGGGGACACUGGGUAUUGGGACAACAAAUAUUUAGAGCCAUUGUUGCAGGGUUAAAUACCUUAAAUGGUGGAAAAGUUGACUCAUUCCUUUUCAAAAACCAUUAAAAGAGAGUAAAUAGAGCAUUCAUUCAAAAUUCACUUUAUUUUCAUAAGUUGACUUAGGCAUCCAAGCUAUGUAAAGGCUGACUUCUAGCUUCCCCU